AUGUCAACUAAAACCACCCGCAGCUGGAUCGAGAGUACAUUUCAGAAACGUGACUGCAAAUGCUUCGUACCGAGCGCAAAGGACGAGCACGUAUGUUGGUGCGGCCUUAGCAAAACCGCUCAUGGACCGAAUAUUCCGUCCGCUGGGCCCGGUGAAGCCUGGGUGCCAAAUCGACAUACUCAGGCUGCUCCCACUGACGCUUACGGUACUGUUGAGUUUCAAGGGGGGGCGCACCCGACCAAGGCACAGUAUGUUCGACUCUCUCACGACACUCGACCAGACCUGAUAGUCCAGCUGCUAACGAGAGAAUGGGCUCUCGAAAGGCCAAAACUUCUCAUCACGAUACAAGGUGGAAAGGCAAACUUCGACCUGCAGCCCAAACUCAAAAAAGUGCUUAGGAAAGGUUUACUUAAGGCAGCAAAGACCACCGGAGCUUGGAUAUUUACGGGAGGGACCAAUACAGGUGUAACGCGUCAAGUUGGAGAUGCAUUACAACUAGAGCGCUCUCAGCGAGGUGGCCGUGUAGUCAGCAUAGGUAUAGCGCCCUGGGGAAUUGUUGAGGGCGCCAAUGAACUUAUAGGCAGAGGUAGAGACGUGCCCUAUCACGCGAUUGCUUCACCAAGAUCAAAGCUUGCCGUCCUGAACAACCGACACGCAUAUUUCCUACUCGUGGACAACGGUUCCGUCGGUCGUUACGGCGCUGAAAUUGUAUUGCGGCGGAAGUUAGAGAAAUACAUUGCAGCACAGAAGCUACAUCCGUACACGCACUCGUCAACGCCGGUGGUGUGCCUCGUGAUCGAAGGCGGGACGAACACUGUGCGCGCCGUGCUGGAAUACGUGACCGACACCCCGCCCGUGCCUGUUGUCGUUUGCGAUGGCAGUGGCCGAGCGGCUGACCUUAUUGCCUUUGUUCACAAAUACGCAUCAGAAACCGGUGAACAGACGGUGUUGGAGUCCAUGCGGGAUUACUUAGUAAACACCAUCCAAAAGACUUUCGAAGUCGGGACGCAACAAGCGGAAUGCUUGUACAGCGAACUUUUACAGUGCACCAGGAAAAAAAACCUUAUCACCGUGUUCAGAAUCCAGGAGCGCGCGGAAGGUGGCGAGGUCCAGGAGUUGGAUCAAGUGAUCUUGACCGCACUAUUCCGUGCAGAGCACUUGUCUCCAAGCGAACAGCUGUCCCUGGCGCUGACGUGGAACAGAGUGGACGUUGCCAGAUCGGAGAUUUUCGUCUACGGUCAGGAAUGGCCACCAGGUGCUCUGGACGAAUCAAUGAUGCAGGCACUGGAACACGACCGAAUAGAUUUCGUAAAGCUGCUUCUAGAAAACGGCGUCUCAAUGAAAAAGUUUCUUACAAUACCUCGUCUUGAAGAGCUCUACAAUACUAAAAGUGGUCCUGGACACACCUUGACGAACAUCCUGCAGGAAGUUAGACCACACCUGCCUAGAGGCUACGUGUACACGCUGCAUGAUAUAGGGCUUGUUAUUAAUAAAUUAAUGGGGGGUGCUUAUAGAUGCUAUUACACCCGUCGCAAGUUCCGUCCGAUAUAUGCGAAGGUGAUGAACAAGAGUGUCAAUGUUCACCGCAAUAGCGCGUCCUUCACCCGCCACAACGCGGGUGGCCUGUCUCUCAUCACCGGCCUUAUGCCAGUCACCACAGAGAUGGCGCUGUUCGAUUACCCUUUCAACGAACUCUUGAUGUGGGCAGUUCUAACAAAACGACACCAGAUGGCGGUGCUCAUGUGGACACAUGGCGAAGAGGCCCUAGCCAAGUCUUUGGUAGCCUGUAAGUUAUACAAGGCCAUGGCCCACGAAGCAGCCGAAGACGAUAUGGAAACUGAGGUGUAUGAGGAACUGAGGCACUAUGGCAAGGAAUUUGAGACUAGAGCGCUUGAACUGCUGGAUUAUUGUUACCGUCAAGACGACGAUCAAGCGCAACAGCUGCUGACCUGUGAACUACAGAACUGGUCGGGACAAACUUGCCUGAGCCUCGCCGUCGCCGCGAACCACCGCGCCCUACUCGCUCACCCUUGCUCACAAAUAAUUCUCGCUGAUCUAUGGAUGGGUGGUCUCCGGACAAGGAAGAACAUCAAUUUGAAAGUGAUCCUGUGCCUGCUGUGUCCAAUAUUCAUCCUAAAACUGGAGUUCAAAUCCAAAGAGGAACUACAGUUGAUGCCGCAAACUGAGGAAGAGCAUCUUGAAAAUGAAAGUUUAGAAGAUGAUAGAAGCACGAGAGACCCAAACGACGCUGAGGUCGGUGUGGUGAAACGACGAACUCUUUCUAUAAAGAAGAUAGUGCCACCAGGACAGCAACGUGAUACCAAGCAGGCGUUGAUUGGCUCAGGGGCCGAAUGUGAAACCCGGGUCGAUCAAAAUGGCAAAGUCGGUAAAGUUGGUUGGGACACAACCUAUAGGGAACCAGAGUACUUCGCGCCCGAGGACAAGAGGCCGAGGCCGUUGAGGUUGAGGAAGAAAAUAUACGAGUUUUUCACGGCGCCAGUCACUAAGUUUUGGGCGGAUUCAAUCGCCUACAUCGUGUUCCUACUGAUGUUCACUCAUACAGUAUUAGUAAAGAUGAAUCUGGUGCCAUCUUUCGCGGAGAUAUACUCCAUAUGUUAUAUAAUUACGCUUUUGUGUGAGAAGAUAAGAGAAAUUAUUACGUCCGAACCUGUUGCUAUUAGACAUAAGUUCAGCGUAUGGGCCUGGAAUAUGUGGAACACAUACGACGCGGGGUUCAUUAUAUUCUUCCUAGUGGGUCUAACUCUACGCCUUCAAGCCGCCUCCCUGGACGUCGGCCGCGUCAUAUACUGCGUCGAUAGCAUUUACUGGUAUCUUAGGAUACUUAACAUAUUGGGUGUUAAUAAGUAUUUGGGUCCUCUAGUCACAAUGAUGGGUAAAAUGGUUAAAAAUAUGAUAUACUUUGUGGUGCUCUUAUUGGUUGUGCUCAUGUCGUUCGGUGUGGCAAGACAGGCCAUUUUAUAUCCAGAUAAGGAAGCGAGUUGGUACUUAAUUAGAGGGGUGUUCUUUCAACCGUACUUCAUGUUGUACGGGGAAGUGUUCGCGUCGGACAUCGACCCGGAGUGCGGGUUCGGUAUCGGCGACCAUAAGUGCGUCACCGGCCGCUGGAUCACGCCGAUCGCGAUGACUGUCUACCUCCUCGUUGCGAACAUACUCCUUAUCAAUCUCCUUAUCGCCGUCUUUAACAAUAUUUUUAACGAAGUCAAUGAAGUCUCGCAUCAGGUAUGGAUGUUCCAAAGAUUCACCGUGGUUAUGGAAUACGAGCAAAAACCAGUUUUGCCACCACCUUUAAUUAUAUUUUGCCAUAUUUAUGCCAUUGGUAAAUGGAUAAGUAGACAAAUAGCGCACAAGAGAUUACAGUACGAUAAUGGCUUAAAACUCUUUUUGGAAAAAGAAGACAUGGAACGACUGUACGAUUUUGAAGAGGAGUGUGUGGAGGGCUAUUUUAGGGAACAAGAAGUAAAGUGUUCUAAUUCGAUGGAAGAAAGAGUUAAAAAUACGACGGAUAGAGUUGAACAUAUCACAACUAAAAUGGAAGACAUAAACCAGAAGGCCAAUCUAGAAAUACAGUCUAUACAGAGCGUAGAAUUUAGGUUACGUAAGCUAGAAGACGUGGCUGAACAAACCAUGAACCACUUGGCUGUGAUACAUCGGUUCAUGGCAACGCACCCAUCACUAGUGAACAGAGGAUCGACUGACACACUGGGGCCACCUCCUCCAAGCUUCCCAACUGGAGGACCUAGACUUAGAACAGCGAGUGACAGAUCCGAGGUGCUGUCGGACAGCGACACGGGGGUGGCGCGGUUCACGGUGCGCCCGGUACAGGAGGAGGACGAGCACGCCUCGCAGCCCUCCGAAGAUGAACAAGUUCCGUCAGGACCAGAUGCGGUUGAAAAAGACGCAGAAGCGGAUUCUAUUUCGACAUCUUCAGGUGGAAGCGUCGCUGGCCCGGAUGUAACAGUGAUCAGGCAAUCUGCUCCAGCAUCUACUCCAGCACGACAAAGAUCCUCUGAAAGCAAUAGAACUGAACCAAGCGAUGAAAAGAAAGUGCCAUCGACGACUGACGACGCGUUCUUGCCAGAAGUGCGUGAGAUACCAUCGGAUAUCCAAAGCCUUCGUCCUCGGACUACUUCCGCUGGUACAAGACGUACAGCUAACACAAGACGGCGUUCAGAAGGUGGUAAUGAGUGUGGUAUGGGUGGUCAUCAUUCGGUCCAUCAUCUGGCUCCAAGGAGACAGCAUAGUCAGACACAUUCGGAACCAGAUAACUCCGCUGUUGAUGUUUGUUCGCUACAAAACUCUGUGUCAGGUCGCCAAUCUGGAUGGGAGGCGACCGGUGGCGCAACCGGUAUGUCAACUGGUAGGACGCGAGUUGGGGGCGCGCCUCGGUCGCUGUUGCUCGCCAUGCACGAAUACACGAGUAUCACGGAUGAGCUGGAAACUGCAUAUGGAUUGUUCUCACCACCGCACACGCCAAGAACACCCAUCGCCUCACGUCUCCUGUCCCCCGGUAGAGCCUCAUCACCGUCGGUGAGGCGAAGACACGCGAGCGAAAUGUCCAACCCUGAAUUUGCACUGUUCAUGGAGAAAGAACACCUUAGAGGCGCUGAAGAAGACGACUAUAUCAUAAUGGAGAACUUGAUUCAACGACGCCUAGAAAUGGAGUCUGUCCUGGGCAGAUACGAGGACGAGGAUGCUGUGGAGGGGGAGGGUGAAGGUCAAGGUCAAGGUCAAGGUCAAAGUCAGCCUGUUAGUGGGAUCAGCAUCAGCGUCUGUGUCAACACCAGCGCUGAGGAACCCCAGACUUCCCACCUGCCCACCCUGCUGACCGUCACUGACAGGAGACUACCACAUCAGAGGCACUCGUUACGGAGAUCGUCGGCUAUCGACAGUCGCGAACUGCCAUCGCCAUUGCAACCGUUACUGGGGGAUGACACUUGUGGGGAAGUGUUAUUGCCCGUUCCGAGACAGCCUUCAGGUGAUACGAACGCCUCAAGCGAGCUGUCCCUGUCGCACAUGGUAAGCGAGAACCUGCCCCCGCGCCCCUCCAUCGUGCUGGACUCCUCGCAGCUGCCGCGUCAACGCUCCGCCGAGCAGCCCGCCCCGCCCGCCCCGCCCUCGCGACCAGAGACCAUGUGCUAGGGUAACAACACUACAUCGACCGUAAAGUACGCAACACGCAACUUAAUAUAUGUAUAAAGUAGAAAAAGAAAACUAGUACUUAGUUAAACGACCAGAAUGUUUAAUUAAUAUUAAAGAGUCACGAUAGCGGAAUACCCAAAAACUAUUACAAUAAGCAUUACUUAGUCGAUAAAUUUAUAAUAAGCAUUAUUCAAGUUUCAAUUUUCAGAAUCGUAAAAUUAAAAAAAUUCUAAUAAUUGAAAUUUAAAUUGAAAGCGUAAUCGCGUAAUUAAUGUACGUAAAAUAUAUUGACUGUAAAAACUUUUCCUAUUACGAAGGCCAUUGUGAAACCCCUUUCCGAG